AUGCUGAGUGUGGAGAUGUACCCCAGUUUGGCCCUUGGGCACCAACGAGUGGGAGACUGCUGCUAUAGAGAUAGGGAACCUUCUGCCCACAUGCCCCUCUACCCCUCCUCCUAUGACAUGGCUGCCGGGGCCAUGACCUCUCACCCUCUGGCCCCACCCCCCGCCCCCAGUGAGCCAACCUGUAAAGGCCAGCAGGACAGCGUCAAGAUGGAGCUGGAGAACGGUUCACUGUGGAAACAUUUCUGCUCCGUGGGCACAGAGAUGAUCAUCACCAAGAAGGGCAGGCGGAUGUUCCCCCAGCUGAGGGUAAAACUGUCAGGCCUGAACCCGGCGCUGCGCUACAUCCUGCUGCUGGAUAUGGUGGCCAUGGACACCUCUCGCUACCGCUUCCAGGGCGACACCUGGCAGGUGGUGGGUGGCGCUGAGGCCCGCUUACCCGACCGGGUGUUUAUCCACCCAGACUCGCCAGCCACGGGUGCCCACUGGCAGAGCAGGAGCAUCUCCUUCCACCGCGCCAAGCUCACCAACAACACGCUGGACACACAGGGAUAUAUCAUCCUCCACUCCCUCCACCGUUACCAACCACGGGUACACGUGAUUGAGGCCAGGGAUGUGCUGAGGUGGGGGGGAGGGCAACACUCCUUCAUCUUCCCAGAGACCCAGUUCCUCACCGUCACCGCCUACCAGAACAAUAAAAUCACUGAACUGAAGAUCCAAUCCAAUCCCUUCGCUAAGGGCUUUAGAGAGGAUGGCAUGAAUAGCAAAAGACAGAGGGACGUGAGGCAAAAGCGGAAGCUAAAUGAACCUCUAGAUAUUGUGAGCUGUGACCCGUGUGACUCCACUGAGCUCCUGUCUCAGUACUCCUCUUCCUCCUCCUCCCCCGACCUCCAGAGCCUGGCCCUGGCAUCUCUUCCAUCCCUUCCCCCUCUCCCUGAGUCUGUGUGUGGGUAUGGCUCCAACGAAACGCCUUUCCAGGAGAGCCCUGUUCCAGAGCAGCACCAGGCUCUAGACCUGGUGGGCCAAACCUUCAUUGCCUCCCAGAUGACUGACAUCACAACUAACAUCACGGCCGAUAUGACCAAGGGGCCACAAGAUGCAUCGGGCAACAAAGUCUCCGAUGGAAUGAUGGACAGGUCCGUCACUAUGAGUCUUUCCACUUACAAUGGGACAUAUCCAGCUACUCCUCUUGGUUCUUCCUCUUUUGACCCUGCUCCUCAUCCUCAGUCUUCGUCCUCCUACCGCUCAGAUCCCUCCAUCCCCCAACCCUCCCCCACUUCUACUUUUAAUUAUCCAUCCAUGGCCACCACUGACUAUCCCUCUAUUCUCUCCUCUUCUCCUACCCUCCCUUCCUCCACCACAUCUCCCUCGCUUCAGCAAACUAGUUUCACCUACCCCACCGUGCCUAUUUCCACUUCAUCCUCCCCCAAGCCUCUCCUGUCCUCCACCUCCUGUCAAUCCAUCCUUCCAUCCAUCCCACAGCAAGGCCUGCUCAGUCCCCAUACACCCACAAAUACCUCUUUUCCAUCACUCCCUCCUCCCUCCUGUCAACCCAUCCAGCAGAAUGGGGUGACCACCCAUUCCAUGCUCACUCCCCCGAACCAGGCUCUACAAGCUGUCCCCAUCUCCAACCAGACUCCCCCUCUGUUGGUCUUUAACCCCACAGCAUACCCCUACCCAAACCUACCUCUCUCCAACGUCAUCCAAACCACCCCUCCGUCUCUCUUCAACCUCUCAAGUCCCUCAACUUCUCAAUCACACCCUGUUCCCUCUCUCCCUUACUCUCUUUCUUCCCAUUCCGCACCUCUAUCUUAUCCCUUUCCCUCUCUCCCUUCAUCCCUCUCUUCUUGCUCUUCAGUUCAAAAUUGGACUCUUCCGAAUGCUUCCUCCGGCUCCGUCCACUCUGUGUCUAUUCCCAUCCCGACUCAGAUCCAAGCUCCCUCUGUUGGGUCGUCCUUUCUUCCUUCCUCCUUCACUCACCCCCCAUCCUCCCUUCCUAAUCCAGUUUACCAACCCUCUUCCUGUUCCGCCAUUCCCUCUGUGUCCGUCGCCUCUUUCCAGCCUUCUGCCUCUUCUCACAUCCCACCCUUCUCCCUGACCAACCACUCCCUCCCUCCAACGGCAUGUCCCCAGAACCAGACCACCACGCCCUCCUCCUACCCCCCGAUAGCGCCCACCGAGAUUGGCUCCUUCUCCCAGUUCAACUCUGGCGCACCCUAUCUCCCAGAAAUGGUACUUCACCAUCCCUCACUCCUGCCUCCACUGGAUCCCUCUCUUUCGUCCUGUGUCUCCUCCUCCUCCACACCCCCUGCCCUCUAUCCCCCCUUUUCUUCCUAUCCUCUGCGCCUCUGUCAGGACCCUCGCUCGUCCUUCCCCAUACCUCUCAGGCACAUGUACAGGCAGCACCAGCAUGGCCACACCCACGCUCAGGGGUCCUACCUGGAUAUGAGUGGGAGGGCUGUAUUCUGA